GCCCACAUGGUUAGAAUAACCGCAGGGCCUAACCGCCCCACAGGGUUGUGAGGUCAACCAUGUGGUAAACUUUUGGAAAACCGCAUCUUCUUAAUAGCAAAAUGAAACCAUUUCCUUGUGACAAUUUCAAUUUGUUUUGAAUUCGCAUGAUAUAGGUACAGUUAUCAAUAAAAUCACUCAUAUUUACUAAAUCAGUACAAGGUUCAGCCUGAGACAGUAAGGUCCAUCACUCACAGUUCCUCACUUAAAUUGUGUAACUACAAUUCCUUUGUCAUACAGCCCCCUAAGUGUCACAUAACAAGCCCAUGAUAAGCAAAACAGUAUAGGAUAUUUUAAGAAUAAAUCAAACCUGAUGCAACAAACACUACUCCCAAAUCAGACCAAUUUUGGUAUCUAGACCCCUAUAAACAUUAAAUAUUCACUGCUUUUGGACUUCUAAAUUUACUGGCCUAUGUAGUUCAACAGUCAAAAUACUCAGAAUGAUAAGAUCUAUAUGAUGAAACUAAGAAUUUUACUGUCUGGAGGAUACUGUUUGCCUAAAUAUUACCAGCACCAAAGGCUUAAAACUUAGAUUUAGAUUUUUUUCUUAAUGGGGAUUGAGAAUUUUAGCUUGGGAUAGACUUUUUAAAAAAAUUAGUUGAUGAAUUCCAACAAAAACAAUAUCAGGUUCACUGUAAACAUAAUUGAAAUCUAUAAGAAAAUUGUUUUGUUGGCUAAUAUUAAACAGAUAAUUGUGGACAUUCAGUGUUGUGACUUUCCAUAUUUUUUUAGAUUUCAUUUUGGAUUAUGUGUAGUUCUAAUCUAACUUUAUCCACUGAAAAUUUUUAAUAAUGAUAGAAAAGAGGAUAAAACUAUAGUUUCAUACAAUACUCCCAGUUUUUGUUAUCUCUUACUUCAUGUAUGUACGGCAGUAUAGGGGACCUGGCAGGUAAGUAAGGAAAGCAGACUUAAUCUCACAUAUGAAAUGAGGAACUUUGCCAUCCCUGGAUGCUACUAAGUUCAUGCCAGCUACCAUACACCACUCUUCGGUCACAUGACAGUAAGAGACUUGUCAAAACACUACAUCAAACCAGACACCUAACCACUUAAUGACUUGAGCUUGAUCCCCUUAGUUCCUGCAAAGAUAGGCAAACUACUGCGCAUCAAUGUCUUGGCAACAACAAUAAAGAGGCAUUGUAGCCCUCUCACUGCUAUUUGCCACAUCUUUCAUUAAUUACUCCGAGACAUUUCUUGUUGUUCUGCGUCCACCUCCAAACAUCAUACAGACUAGAAAUUACAAGUUUUUUUUUUUAUUCAUCUAUUUUUUUUCAUCCCUUUGGUUUCUGUAUGUGCUUACUGAGAUUUCAAGCAGUGUACUUAUUGCUGUGAAUUGUUGCUUAUAGUCUGUCAGCCACUGAGCACCACUACUCUCCAGCCUUAACAUUUUUCAAGUUUAAUAGGAUACCACUACCCUUGACUUGAAAGCAUAUCUUAUGUGUAGAGUCUAUAGACUUUGUAUGCUAACUUAUUCACAGUCUCUGUACCUUGGACCUCCUCUGACCCAUGGGCUAACAAUAUCUGUCAUUCAUUCCCAUCAUUUUGAUCAGCUUCGUCUUAUGAGUCUAGUGCAAGACAAACAUCUUCUCAUUCUUCUCCAUAUUAUCUCUUUCUCCCCUUUAAUUUGUUUCAUAAAUUCAAAUACAUACAGUAUUCAGGCAAAACUAUAGACUUAUCCCUUCCAACCGUUUGUCCCAAUGUAGACCCUGGUGCCUUGCCACUCCCAGCUGCUUGGCUGCCCAUGAUACUGAUAGUGAAGAGUAAAGGUAAUAAUAUAUUGUCAUAGCUGACUGAUUCCCUGAUAACUUGUUCAAGGAAUUUUCCUGACAUUAUCAAAAGUGUCUCCCAAUUCCUGAUUUCCUAAUACAUUGCAUUAUUAAAUAUUUUGAGUGAUUAAAUGCCUGCAUAAUCCACACACAUUUAUACCCAAACAGCUUGCUUAUUUCCCACAUGAAGUCCAGCAUGUUUGUGUAAAAUGUCCAGAAUUAUUAAUAUAAUUUAAAUCGAAGGUAACCCCAUAUGUACAUCAGCUUUCAUUGAGUAAUUUAUAAUUUCAUGGACUUCAUGUAGCUCUUUUGCUUGCUCUUAAAUCCUGCCAACAUUGUUCUUGUUAAAUAUAAGCUAAUAUUUUAAAUUCUGAUAACAAAAUGAAUGGACCAUUUAUUCACCCCGCUGUGUGCCUUACGCCCUUUGUAUUCAGUCACGUACUCACGCACCUCUAACCCCAAAAGCAGCAAAUUUAACUCCCAUUGAUAAUUAAGUGGCAACAACAGCUACUUCCGGGCUGCGUGGACUCUUCCCUGAGGCAAGUACGCAAACAUUCAUUCUCGUAAUGUUAAAUUUACUGGGAAUAUACAAACUUGGUGUUAUAUGUGUUAAAAAUCUAAUAGUACGAACUUGGUUCUUCUAUAUAUGUGACAGCGUAGUCACGUUAAGCCCUGUAAUAUUACGUGCGUGAGCCAGCAAGCAUGAGGAAGUCAGUGUUGUGGUGCGUGCGAUACGCACGUACACCUCGCCUGGGAGGCAGACGUUGAAACUGCCAGAUGUGUUACUUUUAGCUUGAGCAGGGAGGUAGUGGCUGCGGUGAGGGUUGACGAGGAACGCGUUAGUGGAGCAGGAGCUAGACAGUAUAGUGCCAACGGUGCCAGUAGUGUUGAAUAAGCCUCACGAUGCCGCGGUGCAGAGGAGUGAGUCCUUUGAUAGAGGUGGCUGGGGAGCGUAUCUUUCGGUGGCUGAAAUGGUGCCUCCGUCUGCAGCCUGGGCCUCGGGAUCGGCAACAACUUCGGCAGCACAUGCUGACUACACUUGCACCCCGGCCACGACAGGCUCUGCUGUCACAGGUACUGGCCAUGCCUGAUGUGUUGAUGGACACGAAGUGCCAGUUGAUUGAGGUGCUCGGGGACACUACCACCUGGUGCGCAGACCUGACCCCCGGGGGCGAUCUGUUCGUGGACGAGGUGUUCCACCUGUACCGUUCCCUCACCAUGGCUGGCCUCAUCAACAUAACGCACCUGGGCGUGAUGUGUAACGUCCACUCCCUCGCAGACCGCCGCUACCUACCCGACGUGAACUCCACCUUCUACCGUCUGAUGGGACACCUGCGGCACAUGGUUUGGGUGACACUGUGUGGCGUGGCCGAUAACACCAUGCUAGCAGCUCUGGGUGCGAACUGCCACGCCCUGCAGUACUUGGAUGUGUCCUCUUCCCCGCGGGUGGACGACGUAGGGAUUGGCAAGCUGCUGCUGCGAGGGAGAACAAAUCUGCGGGAUCUUUCUCACCUAGCCUCCGCUCCCUUGCCCCCCACCACGCCCUGCUGCGCCUCCCUCUCUUUCCUCGGAGUGUCACAGACAGAGGCAGGAGUUGCCAGUGUUGUCUUGAUUUUGCGGUGCUUGCAUCAGGUAACCUCUCUAGGUGGCUGCAUCAGUGACGGAAGCUUGGUGGAGGUGCUGCAGGUGCUGAAGGCCGGUGGAGUCGCGGACUGGCCUACCAGCCUCACCAAGGUGUGGGAACCUCGCAUCCUUCCCCACCAUGCGCCUGUGCUGGCCGCAGCUUGUCCCGCCCUCCUCUCCCUCAACACAGACGAAGUUUCUGUCUCAUCCGUAUCCCUUCUGCCGCCCCUUCUGGAGCUUACGAUAAACCUGUGUCUGCGUGGCGAUGCAGAGCCGCUAUAUGAAAUGUUGGAGACCCGCGGCUCCACUCUUACCUACUUCGUUCUGGAUGGAAACAUCAAUUGUCCACUGGAGAUGACCUUCCUCAUGGACGCUACUCCUCAACUACGUCACCUGAAGGCGUGUGUCUAUCUUGGGGAGGGCUGCGAGGUGCGGGGUUGGGCGUCAUUGGCAAGCGCCGAUGUUGGGGUAACUACCUGCAAGGGAAUAGUGGCUCUGCUCACGCACUCCCCCGCCUUGCGUCGCCUCACACUCUCUCUUGAACCAGAGCCUUACGCGGAAACCUGGCGAGACCUGGACGAUGGGGUACUAGGGCAAGUGAUGGGCGGGGGCGGGCUGGAAGCCUUAGAGCAGCUAGUGGUGACGAGGUGCGGCGUGACGCCCUCGGGAUUAGAGUCGCUAAUGCUUCACUGCGAACACUUGGAGCUGGUGGCGCCGCUCAUCCAGUGGUCCGCCAUCACCCAAGAUGAUCUUGUCCCGCUGAGGAAGCAGAUUGCGUGCAGUAAUUGGUGCCUUGACCUACAGUUGAGUUUAGAGGCCCCACUGAAGCCUAUAACGUAGUAUUUUGUCCCCACCGACCACUUUGUCCUAUCGGUGUACGUAUCUCUCCGUGCAAUAAGAUGUGACGUAACAGUCCAAGGAAGAGGGAGAUGACGCCUCCCUCAUGCCUGUCACUCAUCACUAUGACCGUGCCCAUGACUCUGUGCCAAUUCCGUGUGUCAUCACUUUAUUCCUAGACUUAACGUUGCUAUGUUGACCGCGUCGUCAUUUACGCGCCACCAUGAUCCAACUUGUGUUAUGCACACCACAUACUUAUGGUGUGCACAACACAAGGUGUGCAGCACGGCGUGAUUGUGGCUAGCAAGUUGUUAGACUUUUCCUUUUUAAUAAUGUCUUUUUUUUCGAUAUUUGGCUGAUUGUUGCAGAACAUUAUUUUGCUAUGAAACAAAUUUCUCUCUCUCUCUCUCUCUCUCUCUCUCUCUCUCUCUCUCUCUCUCUCUCUCUCUCUCUCUCUCUCUCUCUCUCUCUCUCUCUCUCUCUCUCUCUCUUGGUCUCAAUAUAUUUAUGUUCUUCAAAGUGUGUUUUACCAAGUAAAUUUUUAAUCUGCAAUGCAUUGGAUAUUGCAGUACUGAAAGGUUUGGCUGUGAUAUCCGUCAUUUGCUCUUAAAGUCAGUAGGUAGUUUAAUAAAUACAAAGAUGCAAGUUAUUUAUGGCCACAGCUCUGUGAUAUAGUGGAAUUAAGUCUCAGGGCAUCAGUGUAAUAAAAUGAAGAGUAUA